GUAUUUGAGGGCUGAGAAAAAGGGCACUAUGGCUCUGCUACAGGAACUUUUCCAGUUUCCCAGCACGGUCACCUUGCUUGCUGCUCUGCUGCUUUUUCUUGUUUUCUGGCUUCUCUCCACCAAUCACAGCCCGGGAAAGGAGCCCCCAGGACCUUUGCCUCUCAUAGGAAACCUGCUGCAGCUGGACCUCAAGAGACUUGAUCUCUCACUCUGCCAACUGUCUGAAAAAUAUGGAUCUGUGUUCACUGUCCACUUUGGCCCCAAGAAAGUGGUGGUUCUUAAUGGCUUCAAGACUGUGAAAUCAAGACUGUGAAACCAUGCAGAGGAAUUUGGAGAACGGGACAUAUUUCCAUUAUUUUAUGAUGUCACUGAAGGCCAUGGAGUCCUGUUUUCCAAUGGAGACUCAUGGAAGGAGAUGAGACGCUUUGCUUUAUCCACCCUUCGGGAUUUGGGGAUGGGAAAACGAGGAAGUGAGGAGAAGAUCAUUGAGGAGAUCCACUACAUGUCAGAGGUGUUUGAAAACUUCAAAGGCGAACCCUUUGACACGACUCGAGCAGUGAAUUACUCAGUCUCCAACAUCAUUUCCGCCAUCGUCUAUGGCAGUAGGUUUGCAUAUGAUGACCCAGAGUUCCAAAGGUUGGUCAAUCUAGCAAACGAAAGUACCAUCCUUGCUGGUUCACCUGCCAUCCAGCUGUAUAACAUGUUUCCACGCCUGGGUCCUUGGCUGAAGGACUGGGUCACCCUGAUGAAGAUUGUUAAGAGCAACAUAGAGCAGGUGAAAGGUCUGGUGAAGAAUCUGCAGGAGACUCUGAAUGCUGAGGACAGGAGAUGCCUCGUGGACUCCUUUCUUAUCCGACAGCAGGAGAUUAAGAAAUCCAGGGAGCAAGAAUUCUCCUACUACCAUGAGAAGAACCUCAUCAUUACAGUGUCCAACCUUUUUGGAGCUGGAACUGACACCACUGCGACCACACUGCAUUGGGGCCUGCUGCUUAUGGCCAAGUACCCCGAUAUACAGGACCGUGUACAGGAGGAGCUGGACAUGGUCACUGGGGGUCGGCAGACUCGAGUGGUGGACAGGAAGAACCUGCCGUAUACAGACGCCGUCAUCCACGAGAUACAGAGACUGGCCAACAUUGUUCCAAUGAGUCUCCCUCACAUCACAAGCUGUGACGUGGUCUUCCGGGGAUACCACAUCAAGAAAGGGACCACUGUCAUCCCGCUGUUGACGUCUGUACUUUAUGAUGAGAGUGAAUGGGAGACUCCCCAUACCUUCAACCCCGGCCACUUCCUGGACGAUCAGGGCCGCUUCAGAAGGAGGGACGCCUUCUUGCCCUUCUCUGCAGGGCGUCGGGCGUGUCUUGGUGAGAGUCUGGCCAGGAUGGAGCUCUUCCUCUUCUUCACCUCACUUCUGCAGAAGUUCCGUUUCACUCCACCUCCUGGGGUGUCUGAAUCUGAUCUGGACCUCACUCCAGCGGUUGGGUUCACCCUCAGCCCCUCCCCACACAAACUGUGUGCUGUAAGCCGAGGUUGAAGAUCCUGGAUGAAAGGAACCGUUUUUAUAUUGUAGCACCGGUGGGGCGCAUGUCCCAGCAUGUCCCAGCAUGUCCCAGCAUGUCCCAGCAUGUCCCAUGUGCAGUUGAAAAUAGCCCUUGUUGUAUUGUUGUUGUUAAUGUUAAUGGUCGCAUUUCCCUACUGUCGUGCAUGUGUUUGCCCGCGUCUUGUGUGUACCUGGUCCGAUCCUCUCGUGGAUUUAGCUUGUAUAAAUCUCCCACUGUUCGUCCAUCUUACACUUUGGUGGCUGACAACCUUGUGUUUCCUGUGUGUAGUUGGUCUGGUGCUCCUUGGGUGCCUGAUGUAGUCCUCUUAAGGGCUGCGAAUAAAGAGCUCGGUCUCCCCGGCGAGCAAGUCCCCGUGUCUCUCUGCUCCCGUCGAUGCCCCGGUCCGCCCGACACCACAAGGUAUAAGGUAGCCUGCUUGUUGGAAUAGUCACACAAGGUGAGAUGUCAAAAUCAGCAUAUUGAGAAAGGCAGAACAUGGAUUGAAACCACAGGAAACACGCCAAAGCUUGCUUCCUGUGUAGAAGCAUUUAGUUGCAACCCAGUGACCGUAUCGCUUCGUGUGUCAUCUUCCGCCUCUGGCAAGUGUAAAUACUAUAAAUAAAGUUAUCACUGAGUUUU